AACUAGGGCUCCCUCUUCCGCUACCAGACGGAAAUGUCCUGAGACUGGAGGCUGAGGGGCUUCCGGUGGCUCCGCGGGAUAACUUGGGCUCACCAUGACGGCUUCCUUAGCCGGGAAAAAGAUCGUGUUUGUCACAGGGAACGCCAAAAAGCUGGAGGAGGUCAUUCAGAUUCUAGGAGAUAAGUUACCAUGCACUUUGGUGGCACAGAAAAUUGACUUGCCAGAGUACCAGGGAGAGCCAGAUGAGAUUUCCAUACAUAAGUGUCAGGAGGCGGCUCGCCAGGUACAAGGGCCUGUACUGGUUGAGGAUACCUGUCUGUGCUUCAAUGCCCUGGGAGGUCUCCCUGGCCCCUACAUAAAGUGGUUUCUUGAGAAGUUAAAGCCUGAAGGUCUCUACCAGCUCCUUGCCGGCUUCCAGGACAAGUCAGCCUACGCACUUUGCACAUUUGCACUCAGCACUGGGGACCCGAGUGAACCUGUGCACCUAUUUAGGGGCCGGACCUUGGGCCAGAUUGUGAUGCCACGAGGCUGCCGGGACUUUGGCUGGGACCCCUGCUUUCAGCCUGAUGGAUACAAGCAGACGUACGCGGAGAUGCCCAAGGCUGAGAAGAACGCCAUCUCCCAUCGCUUCAGGGCUCUGCUCAAGCUGCAGGAGUAUUUUGGCAGCUUGACUUCCCCUGAGGCUGGGGGAGGCCACCUGGACAAGGGAUUUGGGGAGGACUAGCUUGAGACCUCCCCCAUCGGACAGGCACCCCUCAAGUACUUCCUUCAGGUUUGCCCCUUCCGGGGGUGUUAAGGCAGCCUCACCAGCCCUGUCUGAAGGAGCAGCUGGCUCUGCUUAGAGGAAGUUGAUACCAUCCUUGUGCCCUCAAGGAUUCAGUGAUCUCCCCUACAGCUUCCAGGCCUAAGAACCCGAAGAGAGCUUGGGUGUUAAAACUGGCCUGGCAGGAUUGAGGGUUUGGGGGAAUAACCAUAUAGUCUUAGAUGUUUUUAAAGUGAAGCAAAUAAAAUUUCUGAAUGGCUUAUGUUUCUAAAAUAAA